AGAAAGUCCUGCAGGUCUCAUCUUCUCGAGUCUCUCUUGCUUCAGAACACAUAGCAGAACCAUAAAACAGAUCCAGUAAAAGAUCCAGAGAUCAGAUCUGCUGAAAUGAACCAGGAGGAACGGAGGAUCGUGCUAGUUGGGAAGACUGGUGCUGGGAAGAGUGCAACAGGAAACACCAUCCUGGGAAGAAAUGCUUUCAGAUCAGAACGAUCUUUAGAUUCUGUAACAGAACACAGUGAAGGUGCUGAAGCUGUGAUAGGAGGAAACCGUGUACGUGUGGUUGAUACACCAGGAUUCUUUAACACAACAUCACAUGAUAAGUUAGCGCUGCAAUUGUGCAGAAGUGUGACCCUGUCAGAACCAGGAGUUCAUGCUUUCAUUCUGGUUGUAGAGUUUGGGAGGUUCACAGAGGAGGAAGAUGUAAUUAAGAGCUUACAGAAGGUUUUUGGUAAACGUGUGAUGGAUUACACCAUUCUUCUCUUCACCCAUGGUGAUCAGAUAAAAGAUGGAGAAAAAGAUCCAAACAGAAGCAGGAAUGAACAGAUUAGAUGGAUUUUAGAUCAGUGUGGAGGAAGAUUUCACAUCUUUAAUAAUGCAGAAGCACAGAACACACAGCAGGUCACUGAACUUCUGCAGAAGAUAGACAGGAUGGUGCAGCAGAAUGGAGGAAGAUUCUACACUAAUCAGAUGUAUAAGGAAACACAGGGCUUACACUGGGUAAAAUUCUGGAAGAAAAACAAGAAAUUAUUUUUAUUUGGAGCUGGUGUUUUAGCUGUAGUGGGGACUGUGACAUUGUCACCAGUAGUAGCAGUUUUUAUGUGGGUGGCGUUAGUGAUAGUGGGAUUAUUUUGGCGGCAACUGGGAUUUAUGUAGAAAGUGGAUUGUGGUGCUUCACUGAGAGCAGCAGCAAGAGGUGAAAGUCUGAUUAAAAUCAAAAUCUGCACAAUAAAAUUAUUUAAAUAUUACAAUUAUUAAUUAUUGUCAUGACAAUUUUAUAAUAUUUUAAUCAUUUGUUAUACUGUUACACAUUUAGUAAUGUA